AUGUUGAGCUUCCAAAAUCCACCCUUUGAAGUAGAUCACCAGUUGCUGCCGGACUUGGGGGUUGCGAAAGAGGCGGCUCAUCAUGUGCCUGGACACCUGCGCGUUCGUCUAGAUGACCAGGAGAAGGUCCGCCAGUUCUUGACUACGGAGUUCUGCAACGACGAUUUAGAUACAGUGGCCGAUAAACUGUGGUGGAUGUCGAAGCAGGACAGCCGGAACAUCUCCCCGCUUCACCGUCAAAUCGUGAAGCGCCGUACAAUCGUUGUCACGGAGGACCCCAAGCUCCAUCUGGUGUGGAUCAACGACCGGAUCUUCAUCAAGCCGCUGCCGCGAUACGUCGGCUCGCAUGCCUUUUGGAGGGAUCACCUUGGUGCUGAAAAUGGGCCGAAGGGAAACGAAGGCCGGGUUCGGCGGGCGGCGUUGGGAUUCAUCCGGACUUAUUACUACCUGAUCAAAUACGAAUCUGACUUUCGCAUCGCCCAGGACCACAGCCUUAGUCUCAUCCCCGCCGAUGUUACGUGGACGCAGUUCUGCAACUUUACGUCGCGCCUGGCCGAUAUCCAAGACGGAGAUGUCUCCCAGAGAUACAACUACGGGGAGAUCCGCCUGACGCGACUAAACUUCUACGCGCCCCUCUUGCUUCGGAAGUCGCACUUCCAGAGGGUGGAGUAUCAGUACGGGCCGUAUCUGGCGCGAUUCUACGUCCCCAUUCUGUUUGCCAUGGGUGUCAUUUCGGUUGUCCUGAGCGGGUUACAGGUCAUCAUCGCGGUUGGCGAGGGGAGCGGAGGAGGUAAUGGCGGCGGCGGCGGCGCGGACAAUGUUGCCCUUUGGUUCAGCGUCCUGAUGAUCUUUGUAUCCUGCGGCGUCCUUGUAGCUCUUGGGGCACUCGUUGCAUAUAAAGUAGCAAAAGAGUGGAACGUGGCGAUACGUGAUCGGCGUCGGCUGAUGAGGGAACGGCAUAAGGAUAAGACACUGGCGGCGGGAUCCCCUUGA